GCAUUCAGUCGGUUUUACAGUUUUUACAGGAGGUGUAAAAUGAAGUAAAUAUUAUCGAAUGUACCAUUGUAAUACCCUAUAUAACUUUAAUGCACGUUAUUUUGCGAGUAAAGGACAUCCACACAUGAAUAACAGAAUAGACACGUUUCAUAUCGCUCCCUAUAUAGUAAAUCAGGUAAACACGAAUUCGGCCACUGGACAGUAGCCAGUCUGAAGGAAAAGUGCCCAAACACAGAAAAACUCCUGGUGGAUCAACUGAGAUCCACGUGACACACUAUUAUAAAGAUGGCGUGUAUUAAAGAGGAGAGUGAAGAGAUGAAGAUUGAAGAAACGAUCAGAGUCAAACUUGAAGAUACUGAGGAACAAACAGACCUAAUGCCCCUGAAAGAAGAGGAAGAAGAACUUGAUGAAAUUGAAGAGGAAUAUCAGUAUGAGGAUCUUCAAAAGACAGGAACUAGACGUGACUUCGCUUGUUUUCGGUUUGGAAAGAGUUUCAGUCAACAAGGAAACCUUGAAGUCCACAUGAGAAUUCACACUGGAGAAAAGCCUUUCACCUGCGAACAGUGUGGAAAACGUUUCACUCGUAAAAUAGGUCUUUCAAGGCACAUGAGAAUUCACACUGGUGAAAAGCCUUACACAUGCCCUCAAUGUGGAAAACGUUUCUGUCAAAGUGGAAACCUUAAAAUCCACAUGAGAAUUCACAGUGGGAAGAGCUAUUUUACCUGCAAACAGUGUGGGAAAAGUUUCACUCAAAAAAUAAGUCAUGACAAGCACAUGAGAAUUCACACCGGAGAAAAGCCUUAUACCUGCCCUCUGUGCGGAAUGAGUUUCACCCUAAAAGAAAACUUUACCAGGCAUCUGAGAAUUCACCCGGGAGAAAAUCUUUACACAUGCCAACACUGUGGAGAGAGUUUUGCUCAACAUGAAAACCUUACUGUUCACAUGAGAGUUCACACAGAAGAGAAGCCUUACUUAUGUCCUCAGUGUGGAAAAAGUUUCCAUCAUCAUAGAAACCUUACAGCUCACAUGAAUGUUCACACUGGAAAAAAGCCUUUCACCUGCCAACAGUGUGGAAAACGUUUCACUCGUAAAAUAGGUCUUAAAAGACACAUGAGAAUACACAAUGGAGAAAGUCCCUUCACCUGCCAACAGUGUGGAAGAAGGUUCACUCAAAAAGGAAGCCUUAACAGGCACAUGACAAUGCACACAGGGGAGAAGCCUUACACAUGCCAGCAGUGUAGAAAAACCUUCACUCGUAAAAUAGGUCUUGAAAGGCAUGUGAGAAUUCACACUGGAGAAAAGCCUUACAAAUGCCAACAGUGUGGAAAAGGUUUCAUUCAACAAGGAAACCUGACAGUCCACAUGAGAAUACACAAUGGAGAGAAUCCCUUCACCUGCCAACAAUGUGGAAGAUGCUUCAAUCAUAAAGGAAGCCUUAACAGGCACAUGAGAACUCACACUGGAGAGAGGCCUUACGCAUGCCAUCAGUGUGGAAAGAGUUUUGAUCAGUAUGGAAACCUUAAAGUCCACAUGAAAAUCCACGCUAAGGCAUCUGACAAUGACAUGAUAAUUAUCACAAUAUAAUUUUUCUUUAUAAAAUGACAAAGCGUGUUCAGUAUUAGGUCUAUGAGCCAAAAGCAGUACUAAACAGCGCUAUGUUUAUCCGCUUGUGUUUGGCUCAAAUAGUGUUUACUUGCUGGUCGGUCUUGAUCACACAACCACAUCCAAAAAGAAGAGCUUGACUAAGUGAAGAACACAAAAUUCUUGUUGGUUUAGUUUAAAAGAGAAAUUCACUUCCAGAACAAAGAUUUACAGAUAGUGUACUCACCCUCUUGUCAUCCAAGAUGUUUAUGUUUUUCUUCAGUUGUAAAGAAAUUAUGCUUCUUGAGGAAAACAUUUCACGAAUAAUCUCCAUAUAGUGGACUUUAAUGAUGCCCCCAAGUUUCCAAGUUCCAAAAGGCAGUUUAAAUACAGCUUCAGAUGGCUUUAAACGCUCCCAGCCGAGGAAGAUCUAAGGUCUUAUCUAGCGAAACGAUCAGUCAUUUUCUAAACAAAUUGACAGUUUCUAUACUUUUUAACCUCAAAUGCUCGUCUUGUCUCGUCUCUGUGAUGCGCAUGCAUAGCCUGUAUAAUCUGGGUUAUUACAGUUAGGGUAUGUCGAAAAACUCCCGGCUUGUUUUUUUUUAAUGUCAAAAUCGUCCUACAUCGCUGUUUUACCUUUUUUUGUGCUUGAUCUUUUUUUGCAUGUUCACUUGGGUUGGUUCUUCUGCAACGAUGUAGGACAAUUUUGAAAUUGGGAAAGAAAAUGAGAUGGGAGUUUUUCGACAUACCCUAACUGUAUUGACUGUAUUGACCUGGAAAAAUACAGUUCACGCAAACCUAGACAAGAUGAGCGUGUCGGCGCGAAUAGCCUCGCGAUUAGUGCCAUGACAUACAGUGCAAUUGCGCUCACGGCAACCCGAGUUCGAAUCCCGGCUCGUGGUCCUUUGCCGAUCCCAUUCCCCUCUCUCUUCACCCAAUGCUUUCCUGUCUGAUCUACACUGUCCUGUCCAAAUAAAGGAAAUAAAAAAGCCCAAAAAUAAAUCUAAAAAAAAAACAAAAAACACCUAGACAAGACGAGCGGUUGAGGUUAAAAAGUAUAUGAAUUGUCAAUUCGUUUUGAAAAUGACCAAUCGUUUUGCUAUAUAAGACCCUUUUUCCUUGGGGGCACCAUUGAAGUCCACUAUGGAGAUGAUUCCUGAAUUUUUUUCCUCAAGAAACAUCAUUUCUUAUCGACUGAAGAAAGACAUGAACAUCUUGGAUGACAAUGGGAUGAGUACGUUAUCUGUAAAUUUUCAUUCUGGAAGUGAACUUCUCCUUUAAACACAGUGCUGACAUUUUAAACAGAAAAAAGCACUGUGCCAUGAAUGAUCUAGUUGGAAGGCUCUUCCAUGGAUUUACUGUAGUCACACUAAUUACACCAUGUAUUGUGGCAGAAAUGAGGAACAUAUAUGGAACUUUAUUAUAUUAAUGUAGACAUUUAUUAAAGGGGACUUCAUAUGCCCCUUUUACAAGAUGUAAUAGGUAAUAAACGAGGUCUCAGGUGUCCCCAGAAUGUGUCUGUGAAGUUUCAGCUCAAAAUACCCCACGGAUCAUUUGUACCAUACUGUAACUGCCUCUUUUUGGCUUGGAGAAAAAAAUGUGCUGUUUUUGUGUGUUUACCCUUAAAUGCAACAUAUCCAGGACACUUAUCCAGAACAAGUAUGGCGUUUAAAACAAUACUAAUAAUAAUACUAAGUAUUAUUAAUUAAGAAUAAAAUAACAAGGCCACAAUAUAAAACACUAAAACAAUUAAUUAAAAAAAAUGUUAUAUGUGUAUGCGUACAGCUCUGAUUUAUUUUAAACCAGUGCUUGACCAUCAUUGUAAAAUGCUUUAUAUUAUAUAUCUACUUUAAUUUCAAUUGGUUACAUUUUCUAUGAUAGUCGUCAGUCCUACUCCUAUUCCUUAUUAGUUUACACAAGACACGUGGUACCUUACUGUGCAAGCAUUUGAAAAUUAAUUUUAUAUAAGACAGAUUUAUAAAAUACAUACAACUUAGCAUAUUCUGUUUUUUAAAACAAUGAUGCCAUUGAUUCUAUUUUUUAUCCAUUACCUUCACAGCCUGAUUCUAUGACAUCUUGAGGGUUUUAAUUGCAGAAUCAUUUGUCAUGAAUCCAAACUGUACUACAAAAUCAUUGGGACAAAAUCAUUUUGUGUAUAAAGUGAUGAGCUGUCUUAAAUUCAGAUGUACUGUCUAAUUAAUGUAAAAAAAAAGAGUCUUUAUAUGUUUUAUCAAAUUUGAGUUGGGAAUCUUAAGACAAUUCGUAAAAACUUGAAUUAAUUUACCUUCUCUAUUUGUUCAUUUUGCACCAUCUUUUGUAUUUUUUCAUUUGUUUUUUUAAUUAGAAAAACACAUUAAAAAU